UGAGUGCUGACUGCUGUGCUGUCAAAAAUCAAAACUCAAAAUAAAGUACCUAUUUACCUAUCGUGCUGAAAAUACUAAAUAUAAUAUAAUAAUUAGUUAAGAAUUAAUAAAUGCGAGUUGUGACUUGUGACAUGCUUCGUGUGUAUUUUAAAAUUCUACAGUGUUACAUUCUUUAAUACAUAACAUUAUUCAGUUUCACAGAUUAAUAGUAGGUUAGAAUAUAACGAUUAGUUCCUUUCCUUGCUGUUUAUUAUAACCUAGUAACAAUAUGGAAUCUCAAUUUGUUAAUAAAUUUAAGCAACUCGAUGCCUAUGCUAAAACAUUAGAAGACUUUAGAGUGAAAACUGCAACUGGCGCUAUUAUUACCGUUAUGGGUGCAUCAAUAAUGGUUUUACUUAUCCUUUCUGAAUUGCACACAUACAUGUCACCGAAUAUUUCAGAGGAGCUAUUUGUAGACACCUCAAGGGGACACAAAUUGAGAAUUAACUUUGAUAUCAUUGUACCUAGAAUAUCAUGCGAUUAUUUAGUGUUAGAUGCCAUGGAUUCUUCUGGGGAGCAACACCUUCAAAUGGACCAUAACAUACAUAAACGAAGACUAAACUUAGAUGGUGUACCAAUAGAAGAACCAAAAAAAGAAGAAAUAGCUCUUUCCUCAACUGUAAAGCAGAAUUCAUCUGAACUAGCAAAAAUUACCUGUGGUAGUUGUUAUGGUGCUGCCUUAAAUGAAACACAGUGCUGUAAUACGUGUGAAGAUGUUAAAGAAGCAUACAGACUUAAACGUUGGGCAUUACCUGAUUUAGCAACAAUAGAACAAUGUAAGGAUGAUGAUUCAUUGGAACGAACUAACCUUGCUCUGAAAGAAGGAUGUCAAAUUUAUGGAUACAUGGAAGUCAACAGGGUUGGUGGAAGUUUUCACAUAGCUCCAGGCAAAAGUUUUACUAUAAAUCAUAUACAUGUACAUGAUGUUCAACCCUUUUCCUCAUCAGUUUUCAACACAACACAUAUAAUAAGACAUCUAUCAUUUGGAACUGAUAUUGAAGGAGGCAACACUGCUCCUUUAGAUGGAAUAAAGGGUUUGGCUAAAGAAGGUGCUGUUAUGUUUCAGUAUUAUUUAAAAAUAGUUCCCACAAUGUAUGUUAAAUUAGAUAAUACAGUUCUUCACACAAACCAGUUCUCAGUAACACGGCAUCAAAAGCCGGUAUCAAAUGUGAAUACGGAAUCUGGUAUGCCAGGUGCAUUCUUUAGUUAUGAAUUAUCACCAUUGAUGGUUAAAUAUACAGAAAAGGAAAGGUCAGUAGGCCAUUUUGCCACAAAUAUAUGUGCAAUAGUUGGAGGAGUGUUCACUGUUGCUGGUAUUUUUGACACUCUUUUGUAUCAUUCACUUAAUGCUUUUCAACACAAAGUUGUUUUGGGUAAAGCAGGGUAGCAACAGAC